ACUAGACAACUGCACUGACCCGAGUAUGGAGAUCCCCCCCAAAGCUCGGGGUCCAGGCCGGUCAGGACCCCGUCGUCGUACCGGGUGUCUCACAUGCAGGGCUCGCAAAGUCCGCUGCGACGAGGUCAAACCAACCUGUGCCAAUUGCACUCGCCUGCGGUUGCAAUGUAUCUACAGGAGCGUGAUCAUCCCCGGGAUCGGUUCUCGCUCUCCCCAGAGCCCUCGCGAAACUGGAGCAGCGUCCGACCUCAGCUUGCUCUCGCAACUGACUCCUAUCCCUCCACAGCAGCCUCCCAGGACUCAUACGAUUCCGCCAGCUUCUGGCUCCUCCGGUGCUGUGGAGUUCCCGGUCCCGUUCGAUAUGCUCAGUUUUAUCGGUGAGAUCAAUUCCGACUUUCAGCAAAAGCAUCUCGAUCUCACGCAUGAUGGAGCAAUGGCGCCUUCUCCAGUAGUGCAGGCUAAUGACGGGCUAUUCCACGACGAGCGCCAGAUGACGUGGGGUCCCCGGGAACUGGGAGACGGGGGCAAUAUACCCGAGUCGGAGUCGUCCCCCAGGACGGCGACUUCAGCGGGAGGGACUGUGUGGGAAGAGCGACUGCUUGAGCAUUUUCGGGAAAGUCAACCGCCGCCGACGAUCUUUGGGCCCGUUGAUCUGGAGUGGAAAUAUGUGAGGGAUAUCAUAGCCGUGCAGUCGGGGAUCUGUCGGAUGCUGUUACCGGCUAUUUAUUGCUAUUCCGAUAUACAUAAGGCGUUUGUUGAAGGGAGGCGAUGGAAGCUGGCGCAGACCUAUCAUCACCAAGCGAGUACAGAGAUACAGUCAUGUUUGUUUGGGGAGGUGAGCGAGCCGGUGUUAAGGAGGGCGUUUACUGGCGUGCUAUUGCUUAUGCUAGCUGAGCUCCUCUCCCCUGACGGAUGGCGUCCACCAACUUCCUACCUCCAUACAGCUUAUCUCCUCCUCCAGCGCUUCCACCCCCGCACUCGAUCAUGGACCGGCUUUUCCCGUCUCAUAAUAUCCUGGGUCUCACUCCUCGACAUCAAGGCCCUUGUCGCCGGCCGCGAUGGUGACCCUCUCAGCGAACUAGGCAACCUCACCGAACCAGAGACCCUUACUACAUGUACCGCAACCGCCGCAACGCUUCCGCACCAGCAACAACCCAAGGACGACAACGCCAACCCCGAAGACGAAAAUACAGACACGCUCCUCCUCCUCCUCCUCCUCCCCACACAGCCCAGCUACCUAAUCUACAACGCCAUUGUGGGCCCCGCUUUCCACUUCUUCCUCCAGGCGCAACAAGUCACCCGGCGCAUCGUCUGUAUCGAUCUGCACCACCGCACGCGCGGCACGGUCAGCGACGAAUUCGAAGUCCUCCAAAUCGCCCACCAAGUCGGCGCAGACCUCGAAACCCUAUGGAACCGCCGCCCGAAAGUCCUCGACAUCUACGAACGCCCCGACGCCCUGUUGGACACUCUCGCUCCCCAUCUCGCCGUCACCAUCUGCCGCACCUUCCGCCAGUACGUGGCGGGAUUCCUCGCCCUCUUUGUGUAUCUGCACCGCGUAGCGUUUGCGAUCUACCCGCGCACCGACCGGGUCUACCGCGCCGUGGACCAGAUCAUCCAGUUGGCGCGGGUUGAGGCCCAUCGAGACCAGCAUGUCCCGGCUAGCUUUGUGUGGCCGUUGUUUAUUGCGGGCUUGGAGGGAUCCAUGGAACAACGAACGUUUAUCGUCCACGAGAUACAGCGCAUGGCGGCCUUGGAGGAGGCCGUCGGUGUCAGCGUGAGCCCCAAUGCCACUUCAAAUGGGACGCCUGGCUCUGAGCUAGGAAUCGGCGGCACCGCCGCUCGCCACCCCAACGCAACGAAGGCGUUGGUGUUGCUGGAGGAGAUGACCCGGCGACAGGAUACUUCGCACACCUGGGCGGAUUCGCGAUGUGUGCGACGAGAGCUGUUUGCUGAUUUUUUUGUGAUGAUAUAAUAUAAUAUAAUAAUAAUAAUACCCUUAUAAUGAG